AAUAUUAAGCGGUUCUUUCGAAAGCUCUUUGGAUAAUCUGUAAUGUUUAUAUUUGUUUUUAUAAGGUCAAAUAUCAAAUCUAAAAUAUCAAGAUAGCGUUAUUUGUAGCAUUAUUUUGCUCUUUUGAGCUACCAAUUAAUGAUAAUUAAUUCAUUCAAACGGGACACUUCGAAAUUCAAUUUAUUCUUCGGAAUAAAAGGUUAUGCAUCCAGAACCAGAAGUAUGCUCUAUGAAAGUUUUAUUAAAGCAAGUUUAUGGUAUCCAUACAUCUAAAAUAAAAUGUCUUGAAGAUGAAAUUGAAGAGCUAAAGAGAAAUUUACAAGAAGCUACAACGAAAUUAAAGAAUUAUGAAUCUGAGUGUAAACGAUGUAUUGAGCUUGAAGAAGCCUUCAGUAGUUGCAAAGCUGCUUUAUUUGAACAGUCAAAAAUGUUUGAAAAUCUUGGGCAAAAGUUGUCUAACUUCAACACAACAGAAAAUAAAACAUCAGAGGAAAAAAAGUUGACAAUUUUACAAGAAAUUGUUGAUGGUCCAACUGUUGACCCCAGCAUAAAUGUAGCUCCUGUUAAAAAAAUAGACUUGUCAACAAACUCAAAAAUACAUUUUCUGAAAAAUUUAAUGACUAUGAAUGCUGACGAAAACCAAGAUUCCCUGGAGUUCACUGAGCCUCUUCAGAAAAAUGUGUAUCAAGAGUAUUCUACUUUGAAUCCUGAUUCUUUGAUUUUAGUGCCGAACACAAUGGAUUUCGGUUGUGAAGACAAGGAAAGUCAGAAAAAACUUGGUGAUAAAACGCAUGAGUGUAUAAGCACUGGUAAAAAAGAACUUCUUGAAACAAAUAUGCCAGAUACUGAUAAAAAUUCUGAAAAUAAGGAAAGAAGAAAAAGAUUGAGUGAGGAUGAUUCAGAUUUAAAUAACGAUAAAUCAAACAAGGAAAAUGAUGUGAAAAGCUCAUUUGGAAAUAAAAAAUUGAAGUCAUCUAGAAAUGAUGAUUGCACACCUGUCAUGAAGCUAGCAAAUGUAACUACCAGUCCCAAGCAAAAAAACUUGAAAAAUGGUGCUGAUAUUUUCAAUAACAGUAAAAAAAUCAAUACCCCUGUUUUAGAUAUUAAAAUUUGUAAAGUGGUUGAAGAUGAUUUUGUAGACGAACCAAAAAAUGCUACUGACGGGAACUGUUCUUCUGUAAGUGACAAUACUAAAGAUGAUUCUUUUAAGGUAACAGUUUCUCCAUCAUUGUUACCACUUAAAGAAAAAAUAAAUGCUAAAAUAAUUCAUUAUAAUCCAAAAAUGAAUAAAAACAGUUCUUCUAUAAGUGCCAUUCCUAAAGAGGAUUCUUUUCAAGCAACAGUUGCUUCCUCUUUGCAACCAAUAAAAGAAAAAACAAAUUCAAAAAUAAUUAAUAAUCAUCCGACAAUGGCAGAAGAUAUAAAUGAUUUUCAAAUUCUCUCUUCAAACAGGAAAGCAAACAGCGAAGGAGGAACCUGGACAUCAUGUGAUAAAAAAAAGCUUGCCAGAAAAUCUUCCUACCCCCGCCCGAUUAAGUCAACAUCUAGGUUUAAAAUGCAGCUAGACACCCUUCCUCCUAAUUUCAAAAAACCUACCUAUCGCCAAACAAAACUAUCCAGAAGCAUUUUUCAACCAAAAUCGACUACUGGUGAAAAUCAAGAAUCUGACAUCGUAUGUGUAGAAGUAGAUGAAAAGGUUAAAGAUUUUGCCAAAGACUCACUAACUGUUUCUCGAGGUGUUCCGGCUCCGAGCAGUUCCAGUAAAACUGUUGAUUUUGAUGCUACUUGCAUACCAGACAAUUAUGAGUAUGAAAUCAUAUCAUCGAAUAGUAUAUCUUCAACUAAGCCAAAAGGUGGCAAAGCAUUUCCAAAUAGUAUAAUGAUUGUAAAAGAUGACUCGGAUAGUUUUGAUUCUGAUAGCUCUUCUGAGAUGAUUAUAGAGCAAAAAUCUUCUACUUCAAAGCACGGUAAAGGUAAAGAUGACUUAAAUAGCAAACAUAUUGAGGUUGGCCCCCUUGGAAAUAGUUUUGACAGGUUGCCCAAAAAGCCUGAACCUGAUUAUAAGUAUAAAGAAGAAACAGUUAGAAAAAAAUCUGAGAGAAAACAGCUACUUGGCUUUGAUUGCAAAGAGUGUGAAAAUUACUACACAGAUUUAGGUCUCUCAGAUGAAGAAAAGAAACAAAGAAUGCAGAAAUGUUCUCGUCACAGGGGAAAAUUUGUUCCCCCAUCUACUCCAGAACAUUUUUGGGAGCUGGAAUUUCCUGACACACAGGAAUGUAAGGCAAGAGGCUAUUUAAAUACAACUCAAAAAGUAACACUGAAGACUCAUCGUAGGAGACCCUUGUAGAUAGUCGACUCCUAUCAGAGACUUAGAUUACUGUAUCAGUAAUUGUAAUUUAUUUUGUACAAAUGUUUUGUAAUGUAUUCCUAGUUAUGUUUAAAUCAUGUGAUGAUUUAUUUGUUUCAUAAAUAUUGGCAUUUAAUGUUCUCAUAGAAUAGAAUUAACAUGAU